AUGGGUCUUGUGCUUAGCGUGCUUAGCAUUCUCUUCUACUACGUGGCAAGGAUACGUAGAGCCAUUCAUUGCCGUGAUACUGUCCCUGCGAAGGAAAUUCAGCUUGCUUCCGCAAUAGCAUCGACCCAGCUUCAUGACGGGUCGACAGGCAAGGAGUUUCUUCCAGCUUCAUCUUCGGUUGCAAUAAGCGAAGCAGAUCAAGACGCACUGUGCCUUAUCCACGAGGAGCUUACAGUCAUACCUGCUACACCCAGUAGAGAUGCUUUCUUCCAUGUCCCCAACGAACUGGUCCUCGCAAUUGCUGAGUUACUGCCAGACAGCGACCUUAUGAUCAAUUCCACUUCACUAGUCGAGCUGACUUUAGUCACACCGGGUCUCGCUUCCCCUCCCUGGUCCCUUAUCCUGGAGCGACUCGCGAUCCCUACCCUCCGCAUCCUACGAAUCGAGGGUGAACUUACUCACCUUGCCCUCGAUCGUUUCUUGCAGCGCCAUCGCGGACUAGAGGAACUUCAUAUAGGAUAUCAUUCAGAUUACGGCCGUGUAGCCCGUCGACGAACCCCUCCUUCAGAUCUAUCUCAUCUGCGGGUUCUCGCAGCGCCGACCAUGUACCUUCUCCACAUACUAGGCGACGAGCGCACGAGCGCCGCCACUCUGGAGAGAUUGACGAUUCUCCCUAGUCUCCACUGUGAGAAGACCGCCGAGUUCGUUUGCAGCCUCUCCAAGGUGCUCACGCUCGUCUCCGAGCUUGAGGAGCUGUACUGGCUCAAUUGCACGUUUCCUCCUUUCAUGGCAGCGGGCGUUGACGAAAUACCGAACGGUAUCAUCGGACUUCCGCUAUCGGAUGUUCUACUUCCUAACGUGAAGUACGUUGUGUUGGAACAAGCAUCGAGCGAGAAUAAACGGGAUUCCUUCAGUGCGUUGCUCUUGAGUCAGUUACCCGGCUGGUUGCGGCAAUUUCCCAUUCUAUCGAACUUGCAGCUGUGGGAGGACGCUGUUGUUGACCGCACAGACGACAUGGCACGUCUUUGCACUACCUGUGCCGCUUUAUCUGAUGUCUGGAUGUAUUCCGGUGGAAGGGAACUGAGCUGGGACUCCACCUCAGCGGUAGUCUCACACGGCAAGUUACUUUGUUCUGUUUCGAAUUGA